AUGUCGCUCACAGCAUGGAAAGUUAACGCGUGUCUCGUGACGUUCUGUGUGUUGACGAUCGCACAAACGAUCGCCCUUCUAGAGUGUGGCGAAAGGAAGAUUAAAACCGUAUACUUAGUGCAACAUGGCACGGAAACUAAGGAAGGUUUUUGGCCAUGGCACACAGCCAUCUACCACCGAGAAGGAGCAGAGUACAAUUACGUCUGCGGUGGUUCCAUCAUCGAUCACAACACGAUCCUUACAGCGGCUCACUGUCUGUACGGCUCGCGGGGACUCAUGAAAGUGGACCAGUUGUCGGUGCAGCUUGGCCGCAACCAGCUAUCGGAAGCUAGCGCACACUCGCAGGAACAUGUGGCUGCGCAAUUGAUCCCUCACCCGGGCUUUAGUCCCAACUCUGUCGUAGACGACAUCGCACUGAUCAAACUGGCCACCGACAUCACGAUGACGAAGUACAUUCAACCGGUGUGUCUAUGGAACAUGGAGGAGAAUAUAGACCUGAUCGUGGGCAAGAAUGGUACGGUGGUUGGAUUUGGGCUCACGGAGCAUGAUCGCGUGUCGGACUACCUCCGUCAGGCUGCCAUUGCCGUUGUUGACUCGUGGACAUGCAUCGCUAGCGAUCGUCAGGUGUAUGGUGCUUCCCUGACCGGUGACAUGUACUGCGGCGGUGGUCGUCCUGGUGUGAGCGCCUGCAAUGGAGACAGUGGAGGCGGUAUGUUUUUCGAGCUGUCGGACAUUUGGUACGUGCGGGGGAUCGUGUCGUUUAUGCCGCUGCGGGAAAAUGUAGGACUGUGUGAUGGCACCAAGUACACCGUUUUCACCGAUGUGGCUAAGUAUAGCAGCUGGAUCAAACAUUUCGUCACACCAACGGAAGCGUCCGCUCUCAACGAUCCGAUUUUGGAGGAUAAUACGCGCAAACUACGAUUGUUAAACUUUAACAUCUGCGGCAUUAGUCCGUACACGGAUGGUUCGAAUGAUGACUUCUUUAGCUACCCAUGGAUCGGUGUGCUUGAGGUGAAAAUUCCUGGCCGAUCGACGAUGCAAUCUCUGUGUAUGGUGACGCUGAUCAGCGAAUGGUACGUCGUAGGACCUGCACAUUGCUUAAACCACAACGAUGGUAUGGAGCGCACGGUUCGAUUGGGCGAUUUUGAUAUAUCGACGGACACGGACUGCAUUGAACGAAAUGGGACGAUAAAAUGCGCCCCGGCUGUUCAGAUUUUACCGAUCAACAGAAUCUACAUUCGUCCGGACUACAACAGACUCGGUAUAAUGAACGAUCUGGGGCUUGUGGAGCUCGCUCAGCCCGCCAACAUAAGCCAACCGAACGUGAGACCGAUCUGUCUGCCCAUCACGGUAGAAACGCGUAGCUACAAGCCUGAAAUGUUCGUUCUGGGUGGUUUAAUCGCUGGUGGAAACCGAAUGGUUCACAAACAGCCGACAUACCUCAACUCGGUCAACUGCCAGGAGCGCUACAACGCCAUAGGUUCUCCGUUACGCAAAAUUCACACACAGAUCUGUGCCAACAUGCUGUCUGCCAAUCAUACCGGUCCGUGCGAUAAGAUGCUUUCAGGAGCUCCAUUGCAGACGCUGCAGACCUUUGGCAGGCGAGAGCGACACUUUUUGCAAGGUUUGCUGUCCUUCGGCUCCCGGGACUGUGAUCCGGCACUUCCUGAUGUGUACACGAAUGUGGCUUUUUACCUGGAUUGGAUUCUGUACAACAUGCGCGACAUUCGAAAGGAUGAGCCAGACACGCGAGAGAGGAUCACUGAACAGCAAGAUUUAUUGUCAGUUUCGCCCCAGACGCUGAUUCCCACUGGUCGUCCGGGGAAUCCCCCGAGCAAACUAAAGAUGUCGCUCACAGCAUGGAAAGUUAACGCGUGUCUCGUGACGUUCUGUGUGUUGACGAUCGCACAAACGAUCGCCCUUCUAGAGUGUGGCGAAAGGAAGAUUAAAACCGUAUACUUAGUGCAACAUGGCACGGAAACUAAGGAAGGUUUUUGGCCAUGGCACACAGCCAUCUACCACCGAGAAGGAGCAGAGUACAAUUACGUCUGCGGUGGUUCCAUCAUCGAUCACAACACGAUCCUUACAGCGGCUCACUGUCUGUACGGCUCGCGGGGACUCAUGAAAGUGGACCAGUUGUCGGUGCAGCUUGGCCGCAACCAGCUAUCGGAAGCUAGCGCACACUCGCAGGAACAUGUGGCUGCGCAAUUGAUCCCUCACCCGGGCUUUAGUCCCAACUCUGUCGUAGACGACAUCGCACUGAUCAAACUGGCCACCGACAUCACGAUGACGAAGUACAUUCAACCGGUGUGUCUAUGGAACAUGGAGGAGAAUAUAGACCUGAUCGUGGGCAAGAAUGGUACGGUGGUUGGAUUUGGGCUCACGGAGCAUGAUCGCGUGUCGGACUACCUCCGUCAGGCUGCCAUUGCCGUUGUUGACUCGUGGACAUGCAUCGCUAGCGAUCGUCAGGUGUAUGGUGCUUCCCUGACCGGUGACAUGUACUGCGGCGGUGGUCGUCCUGGUGUGAGCGCCUGCAAUGGAGACAGUGGAGGCGGUAUGUUUUUCGAGCUGUCGGACAUUUGGUACGUGCGGGGGAUCGUGUCGUUUAUGCCGCUGCGGGAAAAUGUAGGACUGUGUGAUGGCACCAAGUACACCGUUUUCACCGAUGUGGCUAAGUAUAGCAGCUGGAUCAAACAUUUCGUCACACCAACGGAAGCGUCCGCUCUCAACGAUCCGAUUUUGGAGGAUAAUACGCGCAAACUACGAUUGUUAAACUUUAACAUCUGCGGCAUUAGUCCGUACACGGAUGGUUCGAAUGAUGACUUCUUUAGCUACCCAUGGAUCGGUGUGCUUGAGGUGAAAAUUCCUGGCCGAUCGACGAUGCAAUCUCUGUGUAUGGUGACGCUGAUCAGCGAAUGGUACGUCGUAGGACCUGCACAUUGCUUAAACCACAACGAUGGUAUGGAGCGCACGGUUCGAUUGGGCGAUUUUGAUAUAUCGACGGACACGGACUGCAUUGAACGAAAUGGGACGAUAAAAUGCGCCCCGGCUGUUCAGAUUUUACCGAUCAACAGAAUCUACAUUCGUCCGGACUACAACAGACUCGGUAUAAUGAACGAUCUGGGGCUUGUGGAGCUCGCUCAGCCCGCCAACAUAAGCCAACCGAACGUGAGACCGAUCUGUCUGCCCAUCACGGUAGAAACGCGUAGCUACAAGCCUGAAAUGUUCGUUCUGGGUGGUUUAAUCGCUGGUGGAAACCGAAUGGUUCACAAACAGCCGACAUACCUCAACUCGGUCAACUGCCAGGAGCGCUACAACGCCAUAGGUUCUCCGUUACGCAAAAUUCACACACAGAUCUGUGCCAACAUGCUGUCUGCCAAUCAUACCGGUCCGUGCGAUAAGAUGCUUUCAGGAGCUCCAUUGCAGACGCUGCAGACCUUUGGCAGGCGAGAGCGACACUUUUUGCAAGGUUUGCUGUCCUUCGGCUCCCGGGACUGUGAUCCGGCACUUCCUGAUGUGUACACGAAUGUGGCUUUUUACCUGGAUUGGAUUCUGUACAACAUGCGCGACAUUCGAAAGGAUGAGCCAGACACGCGAGAGCAGCAUAUCAUCAGAACCUAA